AAAGAUGCUUCUUGGUUGCUGCACUGUACGUCCAUAUCAUCCCUCACUCCUCAAGCCCUAAAUCUUCUGCUUCAAGAGCUUCUUUGGUUGCAGUAUUUUUCCUAGUUAAAUUUCAGAUUAAUUAUUUUGGAGCAGCUCCCUCUUCAAUAUAUAUCUCCCUUUUGGAUCUGUGGCUCAAUUCAGAGGAAGUGCCUAUGGCGGAGGCUGUGGUAAGCUUAGCUAGUGAAGCAACUAAAUCAGCAACAUCACUAUUACGAACACGGAUAUCAGCAAUGAAAGAACUACCGGAGGAUAUAAGCGACAUUAAGCAUGAGCAUGAGAGCAUGCUAUCCUUCCUACAGAUCGCAGAAAGAUUAAAAGAGAAGGAUGAGAUCACAAAAACCUUCAUAAAACAAACAAGAGACUUGGCUUUCAACAUUGAGGAUAUUAUAGAUGAGUUCACAUGCAAGCUCGGUGAAGAGCAAGGAGGGGUCUUGCCUAAAAUAGUCAAGAGGUGCAGAAAUAUAACAACUUGGUGUCGCCUUAGCAAGAGGCUUAACAAAAUCAAAAUUAAGCUCCAAAACAAUAAAAAGGAAAGAAGAGAGCGAUAUGAUAUGAGUAGGAUGGAAAAUGAAGCAAGACCUCUAAUAGUUGCCAGCGGUAGCAAGAGCCCCGCAGAAUUACCCCAUUUUGUCGAGGAGGAUGAUAUCGUGGGUAUUGACGAGUACAGGGACUUGUUGCUCAGAUGGUUAAAAGAUGAGGAUGAGCAACAACGACAGCCCAUGAUAAUCUCAGUGUUGGGGAUGGGUGGUCUAGGGAAGACAACUCUCGUGACUCAUGUGUACAAUAUCAUCAAAGCUUCCUUUGAUGCUUGUGCCUGGGUUGCUGUAUCUCAAAGUUAUGAGACUGAUGAUUUGCUUAGAAAAAUCUUAAAAGAGUUCUGUAGGGAAGAUCGUGAGAAAAGAGAAGCACCUAACAACAUUGAUACCAUGGAUUAUAGAAGCUUGGUUGAGACUAUCCGCACUUACUUGCAGUGUAAAAAGUAUGUACUCAUUCUGGAUGAUGUUUGGAGUACUGAUGUACUGGGCAAGAUAAAGUAUGCACUUUUGAAUAGUAAUUGCAAAAGUAGAAUAGUUCUCACAACAAGGAUUCGCAAUGUAGCUCUAUUAGCAAACGAAAACCGCAUGUUUGAGCUAAAGCCACUAGAGGCAGAUCAUUCGUGGGAUCUCUUUUGUAAAAACGCAUUUUGGAAAAGUGCAAACAAGAUUUGCUCACCGCCUUUAGAACAAUGUGCUAAAAAAAUUGUCGAGAGGUGCGGUGGCUUGCCCCUUGCUAUCGUAUCUAUAGCCCGUCUCUUAUCAUUUCGAGUACAAACCGGUUCUGAAUGGGAGAAGGUUUACAAAGAUCUUGAGUGGUAUCUAACCAAUAAUGUAUUGGAACACCAUAAAAAAGUACAUAACAUUUUGAAACUUAGUUUGGACAAUCUUCCCCAUUACCUUCGAAAUUGCUUCUUAUAUUGUUCUAGUUUUCCGGAAGAUUAUCAAAUUGAAAGUGGCAGGCUCAUAAGGCUUUGGGUGGCCGAAGGGUUCAUUGAAGAAAAUAGAGGAAUAACGAUGGAGGAAGUGGCCGAGGACUACCUUAACGAACUUGUUCAUCGCUGUCUACUACAAGUGGUACGUAGGGAUGAAGUUGGUAGAGUUCAAAAAUGUCGAAUGCAUGACAUCAUUCGAGUCCUCGCUCUUUCGGAGUCAAAGGAGUUAAGUUUCUGCAUAGUUUACGAGCAUUCACGGACAAUAUUGCGGGGAUCCAAAGCACGCCGCUUGUCAAUCCUAAGCAAUAUAUCUAAUUAUAGUACUGAAGACAAAUCUCAUUUGCGUUCAGUACUUGUUUUCAACAAUUCCAUGAGCUAUGAUUUACUGAAGUCGGUCUUAAGAUCAUCAACAUUUUUACGUGUCUUGGAACUACAAGGAGCACUAAUCGAGAAACUACCGAGUGAGAUAUGUAACCUAUUCAACUUGCAUUAUCUAGGCUUGCGAGAAACAAAAAUUAAGGAGCUUCCAAGAUCAAUUGGGAAGCUACGAAAUCUGCAAAUAUUAGAUACAGGUGUAAGUGCAAUAGAAAAGCUGCCAAAGGAAAUAACAGAGCUUCAAAAGUUGAGACAUCUAAUUUUGCCCGGCAAUUUGGGUAAGAACAUCAACGCAAUCGCAGGAAUAUGGCGCUUGAAGGGCUUGCAGACUUUAGAAUAUAUUGAAGCAACUACGGAGAUUGUGCGGAAUGUAGAAGCUUUGACAGAGUUGCGGACAUUUUCAAUAAAGGGCGUUAGAACCAAUCACUGUGCAGACUUGUGGAAUAGUAUCACAAAGAUGAACCAUCUUAACUAUUUAGAUGUCAGCAGUGUACGUGGGCAAGAAUUACAGCAGUUGGGCAUCCUGCGCCUACCUCUACGAAUUCAAAGAUUAUAUCUGCGUGGUGAAUUAGACAAAACCUCACUCCUUGAGCUUGCCACGUCCUUUGGGUCUCUUAUAAACCUAACCAGAUUAACACUUACAUAUGCAAAAUUGGAUGAAGAUACAUUUCCUUACCUGCAAGCGCUGCCCGCAUUGAUGUUUCUUGAACUUUGGGGGGCAUAUAACGGAAUCAAGUUGCACUUCCAAGCAACAUCAUUCCCGAAGCUAAAGGAAUUUUUAAUAUAUGAUGCCCCGAAGCCCAGCCAGGUGGAAAUAGAAAGAGGAGCAAUGGCAAGCCUGAAUACGCUUCGGCUAGUACGUUGCCCCGAGCUAAAGGAGCUGCCCCACGGUAUCGAGUACCUUACCACCCUUCAGUAUUUAUACAUUAUCUAUCCAGCAGAGGAACUUGUUGAGCUGCUUCUAGGAGGAGGAGAAGGCGACCACAACAACGAUUGGCGCACGAGGGUUUGCCACAUCCCGAAUUUUAUUAUUUGGUUCGAUCGAGACGGAAACGGCAAGUUAGUCAAAGAAAGGAUUCAAUGAUUCCAUAUCAUGUAGGUGAGUUUGUGCGCUUUUUGCAGAGCACCGACCGAGCUUGAUGCUUUCAUAUUUUCCGCCUCAGAUCUUCUAAAUAAUCCGUGCUUGAGAAAAAUUGAAAAUGAUGAUCGAUAUAUGCAGAUAUUCUCUUGUAUGUAUAUUUUAUUUUAUUUUAUUUUCAAUGUAUACGUAUGUAAAAGUGAACGCAUCAGAUUAGUUGGUGCCUUCAGCUACUCCACAGUAUUAUGUAUUUGGAGAAUGCUUUGUACCCGUAAAACUUUAUUUAUUGACAAAAAAAAAAAAAAAAAUCCUUCCCUUA